GUUGAAUUGUUUGGACGUCGAGAGACGAGAAAGAAAUAAAGUUCGCGUUAACGUUGUCAAGAGCGUUUUCAAAAAAAAAAGAUUUAAGUUUGUGAAAACAAAGGAAGGAAGAGAAAAGAAAGGACGUGAAAAAAGUGUCAAAACAAUUUUAAAGAAAUAAUUCACAGCAUGAUAAGCUGAUUAAAUAAAGCUAGUUAAAGUAUUGAAAGGAUUUUUCUUUUCCCAUUCCGUUACAAUUCAGGACUACGUUCAGCCAUUCAAUAGCUAACAAGUGGCUUAAAAAUUUCAAUUGUGAACAAAAUAAAAGUGAAGAAGUUACCAUAUCACGGAAACUAUUUUAGUGCUCAUUGUUCGUUGAUUCCAUUUUAUGUUGCUUAAUCCUUUCCGACAACAAUGAAGACUAUGGAGAACUUUUUUAUUCAGGGUCUACUUUUGUCGCUGACAACUCAAUUGGUGUGGACUCUCGCGGUCAAUAAUGACGAGACACGAUCACAAGUUCCAACAUCCCAAGGAAUUGUCGGUUCAUUAUACAGAUCAGCUGCAUUAAAAGCAUCAGACAAAGAAAUUAUUGAUCAACCUGGCGCUAGUCGAGGACAACGAUGUGUACGUUGUAAUACAGGUGGAUAUGGAAGUCCAUACGAAACCAGAGGUGGUGCAGGCUAUGGUACUGGAGCUGUUGGUGGAUAUGGAACUAGUGGAUAUGGAUCUGGAGCAGGCUAUGGAAAUUAUGCCGAUAGAUAUUAUGGUGAUUAUUACAAUAGAGACUACUAUAGAGGACGUGAAGAUCCACAAUAUUAUGGACGUGAUCAGUAUUAUGGUAAUUCUUAUGGAAAUUACCGUGAUCGCAAUUGGUAUUAUCAACCAGAGUCAAGAUAUCCAGAAUCUAGGUAUUACGGCUACAACCGAUACGAUGAUAGAUAUUACGGAAGAACAAAUACCUACGAAUCUGAUCCCUACAACUACAAUUCCUACCGCGGAAACGGCUAUGACAAUUUAAAUCCAUCGUAUUAUGAUGCAAUGCGAGAUCGAUUCCAACGUGAACGCAGUUAUGGAUAUGAUCAAUAUUACGACAGAUCCUAUGAACGACCAAAUCGUGGCUAUUAUGACAACCGCAAUUUCCGACCUUAUGAUGAAACCUACAGAGGAACAGCUGGUUUCGAUAAUUCGGGUAGAGGCUAUUACUUUGCAAACGAAAUAGAGAAUCGUCCUCCUUUCGAUCCUCAAACUCCACAAAAUUACAGGCCACAACCACCACCAAAUCAAUAUCCACAAUCAAAUUUCUAUGAACAAGCACAUAGGCCACUUGGUCCAAAUAGUAUUUAUAAUAAACCGCCAUCAUCAUCUCAAUCGCAUCAUCAAUAUUCACCGCACACAACACCAUUGAUACCGCCAGAAUUUUAUCAAGGAAAGCCAGCACAACCUCCUUCUUCUUCUUCCUCCUCCUCAUCCUCUUCCUCAAACACACAAACUGUCUCAUCGAACACAAUUGGGGUAGAUACUGGCGGAAGUUCAGCAUCGAAUAAUAAUAAGAAUAAUAGCAAUAAUGAAUUAGAUAAUAAGGAUAAAGUCAGCACUUCGUAUGGUGGCCGACCACAAUCUUUAGGCAGUAGCUAUUUGUUUGAACGAACAGAUGACGAUGCUAAUACCGGAACUGGAUUAAAUCCGCCAGUUGCUUCCGACACUAAGAAGCUUGAGUCAGCCAAUUUGGAAAUGAAGACCGAAUAAUGAUGAUGAGAAAUAAGAAUAAAUCAAAGCUUUAUUACAAACCAAUUUCCCCCCUUACCCUACAUCCAACUAUCCCCUUUAAUCUAGUAGAAACUACAUUUUAUGCAAUAAUAUAGCAUUUAAUCUUACAAACAUUUUUUAAUUUGUACUUUUAUACUUUUACAAAUGUAAGGAAUGACUUAAAGAAUCUUGAUUUAUAUACAAAAAUGAAAUCAAUAAACGAGAAUUUUUAAAACGCA